GAGUGGAGAGCGGAAGCGGCCGGCGAACCCGCCGGAGUCUCGGAGCCAAAGCGAGGUGAGCUCCGCUUCCGCCGCCCCCUCAAAUCAAGCCUUCUUCCUCCUCGUUCUCCCGCCCCAUGCGCAGCAGCCGCCUCCCGUGCAAUGAAGGUGAAGGUUCUCCAGUGGCACGCAGUGGCUUCCUGGACAUGGGACGCGCAGGACGAGACGUGCGGCAUAUGCAGGAUGGCGUUCGACGGCUGCUGCCCUGACUGCAAGUUCCCCGGGGACGACUGCCCGAUCAUCUGGGGCGCCUGCAACCACGCCUUCCACCUCCACUGCAUUCUCAAGUGGGUGAAUUCUCAGAUGUCGACGCCCCUUUGCCCCAUGUGCCGCAGGGAGUGGCAGUUCAAGGGCUAA